AAAACUAGAAAAUGGCACGUGGUUUAUAAAUCAUAUGUUGCAAAAUUAUAAAUUUGAAGCGUAACCUCAUAAUUAUGGGAAAUUUUUUUAGCAUAUUUCGGAAUCUAUUUGGAUCCAGAGAGAUGAGAAUAUUAAUAUUAGGAUUAGAUGGAGCUGGAAAAACUACAAUUCUAUAUAAGCUCCAAGUUGGUGAAGUUGUGAUGACUAUUCCAACCAUUGGUUUUAACGUUGAACAAGUUGUUUAUAAAAACAUUAAAUUUCAAGUUUGGGAUCUAGGAGGUCAAACUAGUAUAAGACCUUAUUGGAGAUGCUAUUAUUCUAAUACAGAUGCAGUAAUUUAUGUUGUUGAUAGUGCUGACAAAGAUCGAAUGGGUAUAUCCAAACAAGAGUUAAUUUCUAUGUUAGAAGAAGAAGAACUAAAAACUGCUUUAUUACUGGUAUUGGCUAAUAAACAAGACAUAGAAGGGGCUCUAAAACCAUCAGAAGUUGCAGAAACAUUAGGACUCAAUAAUUUGCGCAACAGGACUUAUCAAAUUUGUAAAACUUCGGCUGUUAAAGGUGAAGGAUUAACUGAAGCAAUGGAUUGGCUUGUAAAUGCUCUUCAAAAUGUAAAAUAAUAUAAUAUACUAUGUGUUAAUAUAAAAAUUGCAAUUUGUUUUUUUGUAGCAUAAAUUGUUAUACUUAUAUAUUGUUAGGAAACUAUUUGCUAUUGUAUUAUUUAUAUAAUUAAAUAAUAUAUAUAUAAUUUAUUCUCUACAUAUUAUCUAGUGACUUAUCUUUAUAUUUGGUAUAUUACAAUUUUUUAUAUUUGAUAAAUCACAUCACAGAUAUUUUUAAAUUAUGUUAUUUAUUAUUUAAAUUAAUUUGAAUUUUUUAGUUAUAAUCCAAAUAAUUUAAAUUAAUGCUAAAUGACAGUAUUUUAUAUUUAGAGAGGUAAUAUGAUAGCUUAAUAUUUUAUAACAUUGGAUUUAGUUUUAUAUAUAGAUAAUUAUCAAUUCAAGUAGGUUAAUUUCAAAAUAAUGAGGCAUUUUUUCUUAUUGAAUUGUUUUAUUUUACAAUAAAGAAAAAUGAGUUCUUUAUAAGCAUUAAUAUAAUGUUGCUAUCUUGUGCUUAUUGGUAGUAGGAAAUAUAGUGUUUAAUCCAUUAUAUUAUCUUAUAACAGGGUUGGGCUAACAGUUAACUACAUUUGUAGUUAAACUACAAACUACUUUUUGUAUUUUGGUUGAUGCUUCUUUUGGGGUUCUUCAUUUCUUUAUUUUUUUUAUGUAAUUUUUUAUAUUAAUAUCAGAUUGGUUCUUUUUCCGAUUUGUUAAUUUUUUAUUUCAUAUUAAAUAUAUCUUUUUUAGAAAUAUUUUUUUUAAAAAAAAAUUGUAAAAUAUACUAAAUAUAAAUAUUAUCACUUCCGAGUUUUUGAUUUUUUAACAUAUUUAGAGCUAUAAUUCUUAGUUCCGAUUAUAGAGAAUAUAUAUAUGUCGUAAUUUUUAAAGGGAUCUUUAUCCGGGAUUUCAUAUGUUUUAAAGGGAUAAUAAAAAACUAGGUUUUAAGUUAAGGAAUGAUAAUGCAAUAUUAUCUAGUGCUGUAAACAUUUCUAAAAAAAUCGAGCGCGUUUAACGUUUAUUGACAAAAUCGAACACGUUUACUUUCAAAAAAAGGAA